UCUCUUUCUCUCUCCCUGUCCUUCUCCCUCUCUCAGUGGUAAGUUCACUGAAGUAGACAACAGAGAGAUGAAAGAGAAGAACCCCUGGCACACGCCUGUGACCAUCAUCAUCACUGUGAUUGGUGUCAUAGCGAUUGUUGCCUUGGUGACAGUAGCAGUUUUGCAGAACAGGCCCCUCCUCCAAAAGUACAAGUAUGGGAUUGUGCUGGACGCUGGUUCCUCCCACACAGCUCUAUAUAUCUAUGAGUGGCCAGCAGAGAAGGAUAACAACACUGGAAGAGUUGAACAGACGCAUUCCUGCAAAGUAAAAGGUCCAGGUAUCUCCAGCUAUGCGUCCGCUCCAUGGAAGGCAGGGGAGUCUCUGAGAGCGUGCAUGCAGGAGGCAGAGCAGCGGGUCCCUGGUAAAAGAUACCACGAGACCCCUCUUUAUCUGGGGGCUACUGCAGGAAUGAGACUGCUGAAUAUGGAGAACAGCUCGGCGUCAGCGAAGGUCUUUCAGGCUGUGGAGGAAGCACUGCAAAAAUUUCCCUUUUCCUAUCAGGGAGCGAGAAUACUCAGCGGCCAGGAGGAGGGUGCGUUCGGUUGGGUCACAGUCAACUACUUGGAUGACCGCCUAAAACAGGGCUUGGAAACCACAGGUGCCCUGGACCUUGGCGGGGCCUCAACUCAGAUUAGCUUUGUAUCCGAUAAUUAUGACGGUUCAGAGUCACCGAGCAACUCUGUGACCUUCCGACUCUACGGAAAUGAUUAUAACCUGUACACUCACAGCUUCCUGUGCUACGGGAAAGACCAAGUACUACGAAUGGCGAUGGCAUACCAGACUCAAACAGGUCCAGAAUCCAUAUUAGAUCCUUGUUUCCACCCUGGCUACAAUGCAACAAAAAACUACUCAGUCCUAUAUGACAGCCCCUGCGUGUCAAACAGGAAACCCCAGAGAGCUCCUGUAACCUUCACUCACAAGGGGAAAGGAAACUUCCUAGAAUGCCAGAACGUCGUCAAAAGUGUCUUCAACUUUACUCACUGCAAUUACAACCAAUGCUCUUUCAAUGGAGUCUUCCAGCCACUUCUGCAGGGCCCAUUCGGGGCUUUUUCUGCUUACUACUUUGUGAUGAACUUCCUCAAUCUGAGUGACACAUCCAUCCCUCUGGAAGAUGUCAAGAAUAAGCUAGCACACUACUGCGCUACCCCUUGGAAUCAGAUCAUCCAGCAGCAUCCAGACGUAAAAUUGAAAUAUCUGGCUGAGUACUGUUUCUCUGGCACGUACAUCCUCACCCUGCUGACAGAAGGAUACAACUUCACCUCAGAUAGCUAUCACAACAUACAAUACAUCAAAAAGAUAAAAGGCAGUGACGCAGGCUGGACGCUGGGCUACAUGUUAAAUCUGACCAACAUGAUUCCAGCUGAGGCCCCUGACUCUCCCCCUCUGCCCCACGCCGGCUAUGUCUCUAUAGUCACCAUUAUGGCAUUACUACUCUUGAUCCUUUUCAUCGUCAGCCUGCGUCCUCUCUGGCCCCGCUGCUCCAAACAGCCGCAGAUCAUAUGAAUGCACGUAGUUGUAUGUAUGAGUGAUAGCGAGGGAGGGAAUGUAUGUGCGGGCUUUUGAGUGUCAAGGUGUGGACUAUUCUGCCAAUCUGUGAAUAAGAUUACACUUUACACUUUCCAGCCUUUGUGAAGAGGUCAAAGGUCAAUGUCUGCUGCACAACAUUCCUGCAUCUCCUAUGGAUUCAAGGACAUUUCAGAAGGACAAAUACUUUCUCUCGCUGGGGAGUGAGUUCUGCUACUCUGGUUGAAGGACAGUUUCUGUGUUUGUAUGUUUGAGUUUGAAUGUGUGAAUUUGAAUGUGUGCUUGAAUGUGUGCACCCACAUCAGUCUGCAUGUAUGUGUCUUGAAUUAUGAUGUGAAUAUGAUACUGUAUAAAUAAAAUAACCUAAGUUUAUAUAA